CGCGAGCGAACACGUCGUGCGACAGGCUUCACAUUCAUAACAGUCCGUGUGUUUCGUAAAUAUGCGUAUUAUUGCCGUCGGUCGGAGGUUCGUCGCAACGACGAUGGAGUCGAGGGCGACGAUCUGAAAAGAAGAAUGCGAUUCCCGGGAACGUAAUUCGUGUCGCGAAUUUUAUUCGUACGACCGAUAGUGCUCGCGUGCGAUUCCUGAGUGGCUUCGUUGACCCAAUUUUGGUAGACGAAGGUCCUUCCUUUGCGAUUAUGACCCUUUCAGUGUACUCUCUGGUCGGAGUCGGUGGCCUCCGAGGCGGACGAUGACGGAUCGCGCGGAUUCGUAAAAUUCACCAAAUAUAAGUAGAAAAAAACUCGUGGUCUCCAUGCGAAAAUACUCAGCUGGGGACUCCUCUCUACUUUAGAAUACGAUAAAAUUAGGUUAAGUCGAGUUCUUAUCACUUCGUCAUCGUGGCUCGAUUCCCCGAUGUCGUAAACAGUGAGCUCAACAGGCAGUUUCCGCGUAAAGUGGUGAAUAGAUAUAUGGAUGUUGCUGUUGGCUCCGGCAGCGUGUUUCGACUCGGGGAUCAAAAGGAGCAGGCAAGAUGAAAUAUGUUUGUCCAAAUUCUCGUGCAGGAACAACAAAGAGAGACGAUUGUACGAUUUUGAUAAAUCGCCAGCGAUCCAUAACUGUGACUUCUACGUUCAUAUAUGGCAAUACGUGAGAGGAACUUUAGCCACGAGCAAGAUGCCUCACAUCACGCGAAAAUGGGAGCUAUUUCCGGGCAGAAAUCGCUUUUGUUGCGACGGCCGAGUGAUGAUGGCACCGCAAACCGGAGUAUUCUAUGUCACAGUGUGCCUCAUCGUUGGAACAAGUGGAUUAUUCUUCGGUUUUGAUUGUCCAUAUUUGGCAUUAAAUGUAACACCAGCAAUACCAGUAAUAGGAGCUUUGUUAUUCAUAUUUGUAAUGUCUGCUUUGUUCCGCACAAGCUUCAGUGAUCCUGGAGUAAUUCCAAGAGCAACACCUGACGAAGCAGCUUAUAUUGAAAAACAAAUCGCUGUAGAAGUACCAAACAACGGCAACUCUAAAACAUAUAGACCUCCUCCUAGAACAAAAGAAGUUUUGAUUAGAGGACAACCAGUAAAACUAAAAUAUUGCUUCACGUGUAAAAUAUUUAGGCCACCAAGAGCCUCUCAUUGUAGCUUAUGCGACAAUUGUGUAGAGAGAUUUGAUCACCAUUGUCCAUGGGUCGGUAAUUGCGUAGGCAGAAGAAAUUAUAGAUAUUUCUAUGCUUUUAUAGUAUCCUUAGCAUUUCUUUGUGUCUUUAUAUUUAUAUGCGCAGUCACACAUCUAAUUAUGCUUACAAAGGAUAAUAAGCCGUUUUUAGAAGCUGUCAAGUUAUCUCCGAGCAGCGUUAUUGUCGGAGUCGUAUGUUUUUUCUCGGUUUGGAGCAUUUUAGGCCUUGCUGGGUUUCAUACAUAUUUAACUAGCAGUAAUCAAACAACUAACGAAGAUAUUAAGGGAUCAUUCACAAAUAGGAGAGGUCAGGAUAAUUUUAAUCCCUACAGUCAAGGAAAUAUUUGUGGAAAUUUUUUUUAUGUUCUAUGUGGACCAGCUCCACCUAGCUUAAUUGAUCGAAGAGGAAUAGUUACACCCGAAUAUCGCGCAGAACAUGAAUCAAUUGGUGAUGAUAAUGUAAUCACUAAUAAUAAAACAUAUGGUACUGCCAAGAUCGUACAGCCUCAGUCAAAUGGUACCACGGUUCAAAUAAGUCCUACUACGGAUCUCACGGGCUCGAUGAACAAUUUAAUCAGCGGUCAACAUUCUCCGAGAAUAGAAUCAAUAAACGGUAGUACGACAAACAGCAUAAGUCAACUUGUUACCAACGAAAUACCGCUAGCGUCUCUCAAUAUAGUACCAAUUGAUAUCGACGAAAUCGCUCCGCUGCCUCCUCGUCAAAGUGUCGUUGUCUCCUCCUCUCUGGAUACAUCUUCCAUGCCGGCAGUAACGACUCCGUUAUCCGCGUCUAGACUUAGACUCUUGCAAGAUACGACUAUGAUAGAAUCCGCUUUAGACUUAGAUUCAUUGGAAGAUGCAAGUGUCGGCAGAGGAAGCCAAUCAGGGCUUAUAAAAAUGGGUGUAGUAUAAAAUUCAGCUAUCCAUAAAACGCAUAGAGUUUAAGAAUUCUGUUGAUUUCUAUCUGAUAUGGAUAGCAAUUUUAACAUAUUAAAUUAAAAAAGCAUGAAAUGCAAUUUGUUAUCUUCGUCGUGAAUAAUUUCCGCACGAAAUGAUAAUUAUACGCAGAUGUGAUCAUUAGUGUGAUUAAUUUAAAGAUAAAUAAUUAUCAUGUUAUGCUUUUUCUUAGGAGAAAAAGUAAUUUUGAGGGAGAUUUUCAAAAAUUAGAAAAAUUAGAUUGUAAAUUAACAAAACUUAUGCUAUUAUUAAAGCACAAAUAUAAUUAUUAAUUAAAUUUGUACAAUUGCAUCAAAAAUUUAAAUUUCAACAUUGUAUAAUUAGAGAUCGUUAUUUUCUACAAUUGCAUUAUUUAUUAUAUCGUAUUUAUGUGAAUAUUACAUGUGAACAAUUGCUCUAAUAAUUGCAUGUAUGCCCGGAAAGAGGAAUUAAUAAUAUAUUGUUUUUAUUCUUUAAAACACAUCUGCAUUAUUAGAUAUAUAUUCUCUAUUGGCUAUAAAGUUUUUAAAAGAAUUUUGAAAAGUAUUAUUUUAAAUAUGUUUAUUAUAAUUUUAUUGUUUAUAUUUUAUAUUUAUACAUACAUAUAUAUAUAUAUAUAUAUAUAUAUAUAUAUAUAUAUAUAUAUAUAUAUAUAAUAUAAAUACAUAUUAUAUAGGGUGAUCCGGAAAGAGAGAAAGAAAGAGGAACAGAUUUCAAUAAUGAAUUAUAUGUAUUACUGAACAAUGCAAAAUCUAUGAUAUUUCUUCUGUUAUUUCCUGAAUAUUCUUAGCGAUAUUGUUUUUUUGAAGAAAUUUGUCAUGUGUACAGUGUAAAAAGUUUUGUAAAUAAAAUUUUCAUACAUGUUAGGGUAGUUUUACAGAUGUUUACGAAAUUUAUGAAAUCAAUGCCGCUGGUAGUAAGCAUUUAAAUAUUAGAAUUAUCACUGCCUGAUUUAUUGAUGAAAUUUUGUAUCAAAACUACAUGUUAUUAUCUAAUUUGGCAUUAUUGGAUUACAUAUUAUUUAUAUGAAUAAUAUUGAAAAAUAUAUUAAUAAAAUAGCAGAAAUGUCAUAUUAAGGAUAUAAGGAUUGCCAUUAUAAAGACUAAAAAUGCUAUUCUUUUGUAUAUAAGACAUAUGUAUAAUAUUCUGUAUAUGUACAUAUUAUAUAGGUGUAUAAUGAAAUCCGCAUAUAUAUAAUAUAUAAUGCAAAUUGAAAA